UAGUGGUGAAAAAAAGUUACCGCACCUUUAGGCUGGAGCUUCCUUCUGUUAGUGUGCUGAACUUCUGCGACUAUCGUCCGACUAAUCGUCCAAGGGACCUGUAGUUCCAGAACAGAGAAGGGAUAUUCAUAUAUUGCUAAAUUAUGGAUUUUGAGGAUGAAGAUCUCACUGCAUUGCGCUCAGCUGCUCUUGCGUCAUUAUCUUCAAAAGCUCAAGAGGAGGCCGAACCACAAGAUGAUGAAGAAGAUUUAUCUGCAUUACGCUUGGCCGCUCUCAUGACAAGAAAAGCCAAUCAAAAAAUUCAGGUUAUUUCACAGCGACUCACAGAACUUAAACAGACCCCAACAGAGUAUCGAUCUCCUGCAGCAACACAAGUUACUUUACAAUCGAACACUUUCAACUUGCCUCCAAUGACGUUGAUGUCAUUGCCGCCACCAUCUGGCAAUCCACUUCAAAUGAGACUUCCACCUCCACCAUUACCUGGGAAUAUUAUCAGAUUGAGAGAACGAUUUACCACCCCACCAGUGAAUUUUCAUUUGAGGUUGUUUCCACCUCCGGCAUCUGGUCAGAUUUUAAAACCAGCGCCACCUGCCCCACCAAACUUUCUGCGUAUGAGAGAGCCGCCACCAAGUUUUCAUUUAAUGACGAGACCAUCUCCAGGACACUUUAUUCGGAUGAGAGAACCCAGGCCUCGUCAUGGGAAUUUUCAUCAUAUAAGAAAUCCUUCAUUAAGGCCUCCUCUUCUACCCACACCUGGUACGAGGGAUUCAAAUACUGGAAGUAACUUGAUCAGCCUAACGCCUGGUCCUAACACUUCAGUGCCAGCAAUCAGCAUGCAUUCAUCAUCGGUAGUCACAGUUCGACCUCAGUCUCAGUUUAUCCGACAAAGAUUUCAGACAAGGAAUAUUCGUCCUUCAAUGCAAAAACAACAUCAAAAACAUGUACCAAAAUCUAAGCCCGAAGUCGUUCCAGAACCAAAAGUACCAACGAAGUUUGAUCGAUAUGAUAAUUCAUCGUCAGAUGAAGAUGAGGAGCAUACAGCUAUUGAGAAAAAAAAUAAUUCUGAUGAUAAUGAGGAAGAAGAACAAUCUGAUGUUGAAUCAGUCGCUUCUGGAAAAUCAUUCAGCUCAGUAAGUGAUGUUGAUAAAUUCGAUACGGCAAUUGAUGAAGGUGAAGAUUUAGCCGAGAAUGAAAAUGGAGAAAAAGUUGAAAACGAAAAUGACGAAUCUUCUGUAGAAAACGACAAAAACAUUGUAGAAACCGAACAUCUUAGUGAUGACAACAUAUCGAUUCAUGAUCCAAAUGAGGAAGAUGAUAUUCUUGCAGCUAUUGAUGAUUUUCUCGAAGAUAGACCGGAAAAGGAGAAACCUAAAAAACCAACGAAAGUGAAUAAACCACCAUCGAUAGAAAAGAAACCUCCAGUAAAAGUAGAGAAAAAAGUGAUUGAAAAGCGAAAACCAGUUAAACCACCUUCAAGAAAGACAAGCACUAGUUCGAAGGCAAGUGACGAAAUAGCCGAAGAAUCCAAGAGUGGUCCACCGAAGACUCUACAAAAGAUACUUGCAAAACGUGAAGCAAAACAACAAAAUACUAAACCUCAGAAAGCGAUUACAAAAGUUUCAGCUCCAGUUGUAGAACUCCCAAUUAAUGAACCAAAAACACAAUCUUCAAAAUUUAACAAAGAAGCUGUUUGGUCAGUGAAUCCUCCACCUGCCAAAGAAAAUAUAACAACAGUGGCAAUGCCUGCACAGCCCAAUACUUACACAAUUCCAGUUUUCAUGACGCAAAAUCAGUUUUCUCCUCCAAGACAAAGAAGGGAUUCUGAUCUAGAUAGCGUAGGAACCUCUGAUCUAAGUUUUAUAUCGAGUGAAAGUGAGAUUGAAGUUGAAGAAAAGAAAACUGAAACCAAACAAACUCAGAGAAGACCAAGAACAAGAUCAAUGUCAGGAAGUAACAAUCAAGAAAGAUCGAGAUCUAGAGAUGCAGAAAGACCAUCACAAUCAAAAAAGUCACAAAGAGAAGACCGUUCAUCACCAACAGUAAAGACUUCUAAAAUAUCCGCCAGACCUGACUCGGCAUCUUCAAAAAACAAUCAAAACUUGGAUUUAAGAAAGAAACUAGAAACACGAGGGAUUGUUAAACAAAAUGUUGUUGUUGAUAAUGAACCUCAUCAGAAAAAAAACACAUCGACAAAAGAUAGCUCACAAACAUCGCGUCGAGCUUUUUCUCCUGUCAGGAAAACAGGAGUUAUAAGUUUAAAAAAGAAAAGCAGUCGCAUUCCUCCUCCAACACAACCAAAGAAAAAGUCGAAAUCUCGAUCAAGAGAGAGUUCACCUGAUAAUAUAAAACUGCCUGAUUUAAAUGAAGCAAGGAGGAUUAUAAUAACAAGGCCAAAUACUGAUGUUUCAUCAUCAAGUAAAAGAACGUCAUCAGAAAAACAAAUAAAAACGACAAAGAAAAGAAAACAUGAACAAUCUGGACAAAUUGAAACUGAUAGAAAUUUGACUAUGAAAAGAAAACUGUCAUCUGCUGAUGAACUGAAACAAAAUAAACACAAAAUACGAGAUGAAGAUAAGGACGAUUCCCCUAUUCCACGAAACAGGCGACGAAGUGUACUGCCACCAAAAUCUGAGAAUGAAACAGACGCCAUCAGAAGAAAUAAGAGAAAAAACUCUGCCAAUGAAAGUAGAAAAAUACAUUCGAAAAAACAAACAACCCCAUCUAGUGAUGAAACAUCUUCAUCUGAUGAUGAUGAAAAUUCCUCGAGUGAUGCAGCUGAUUCUGACGUACAGGAAGAAGAAGUAUUUGCCGUGGAUGACGUUGUUCUUCCUGAUUUCGAUGAUGUAUUAGGAAACUUCGAUGAUGAUGAAAGCAACGAUGGUGAGUACAUCUCCAGCAACCGAAAAUCAAGGAAACUUUCCCAAACUAAGUCGAAGAAAACGAAAAGAGCUGAGAAAUCUUCUGAUGUUAACCGUUUACCAGACAGCAGACGAAUUGUUCCAAAAUCUUCUCCAAAACCUGAAUCUGAAGACGAAAAAGUGAAGCCACAGAAACCAAGAAAGUCUGUCCACGAAAGACUGGGUCGUAUAACUAAAGUACCAGAAACGAAGAAAAGGAUUAUACACAAUGAAAGAUUACAAAAACCUGUACGUAAGACAUCUCCUAAAUGGGAAAGCGAGAGUUCUUCAUCUUCUGAGUCCUCUGGAGAAUCAUCAGAAUCUGAAACUGGUGAAGACUCUUACGAUUUUGAUUCCGAUGCUCCGCGAUCUAAAAAACCAAUCCUUCCUUCUUCUUAUAUAAGAGUCGCUCCAAAAAUGAAAAAAGUUUAUCCCGGUGAGGAAAUAUAUGACAGGUCUUCUAGAAAAGAUAUAAAUGAAGAAAAAAAGGAACGGGACAUGAAACAUCGAAAAAGGAAAAUUCUUGUUUCUGGUCGCAAAGACACAACAUCCGCCAAAUACGUAAUUCAAGAAAGAAAGGCCGAUCACCAAGCAAAGCGAUAUAGUGUAAAAGACCGUAUUGGAAAACAUACUUCAGACGGUAAUAUUGAUAAACAACAAAUGCAAAUUGAAAGCAGAAGAGUGCUGUCUAAAAAGUCUAAGCAGGAUCCUAAAGACAGUAUAACAAAAUCGGAAAAACGAAGAAAGCGUGAUACGAAUGUUGAAAGAGACGAUCGGCCCCCAAAACCUGGAAAAAAGGAAGACUUUCUAGAAGCCAAGAUAAAAAAGAUAAAAGAAAAAAACAGCCGCAUCAUGAGGCGACAAAAGGAGAUUGAGAUGGAGAAGCAAAAGUUUGGAUUCUGAUGUCCUUAUACGUUUUAUUUUUUUUUGUUUUUGCACUAUCACUGGAUUUCGUUUUUACUGUUUAUGUCCCUGCAGAAUCACAUUGAAUAUUUCAGAUAAAUUCUUUUUGUCCAACCUUGUCUGUUGGUAUUUCGCUGUGAAAAUGCGUCUUAUAGGAUCACUGGAAAUUUGGUAAAUACUG